GCCAUCAAGGUUGUUCUCGACCACCAGAAAGAAGAAAUCAAGACUGAGCUCAUCGGCUACACAACUCCCAUCAUGGCGGCUAAGCAGGUCAUCCGUCGAGCUCAGCUUUAUGUCCCCGGCUCCUCCAUGCGUUUCCUCGAAAAAUCCCGCUCCAUCCCCUCCAUCGACUCCCUCUGCUACGACCUCGAAGACAGCGUAACCCCCUCCCAGAAACCCUCAGCCCGGUCCAACAUCCUCUCCAUCCUCAACCGCCCUCGCGCCCCCGGAAUCCGGGAACAAGCCGUGCGCAUCAACGCCGUCGACUCGGGCUACGCUCUCGACGACCUCACCUCUAUCCUCCGCGGUACCCACCUCGACUGCAUCGUGGUCCCCAAAGUCGACGCUCCGAAGGACUUGCAUUUCGUCACGGAUGUUCUCCGCGCGGUGUUGCCGGAACGACAUACCCCCGGUACGGAAAAGUAUAAUCCGGUUAAGAUUGUGGCGUUGGUGGAGUCGGCGCGGAGUGUCAUGGACCUCAACGCGAUUUGUAAGGCUUCGCCAUUCCUCUCCGGCUUGACUUUCGCCGCGGAGGAUUUUGCGAUGGAUCUCUCCCUCACUCGCACCCCGUCUCUGCACGAAUUCAUGUACGCCCGCUCGGCCAUCGUCACCGCCGCGCGAGCCCACAACCUCCCCUCCGCCAUCGACUUGGUCUCCACCACUUUCCGCGGCGAGGAAGGCAAGAAACAACUCGCGGAAGAAUCCGCCAACGGAAAACGUUUCGGCUUCAACGGCAAGCAGUGUAUCCACCCAGAUCAAGUGGAAGUGGUGCAAGCGGUUUUCAGUCCGAGCGUGGAGGAAGCGGAGUGGGCGGUGAGGGUGGUGGUGGCGGAUCGGAAAGCGGAUGAGCAGGGGAGGGGAGCGUGGACGUUGGAUGGGAAGAUGAUUGAUGUGCCGGUUGUGGGGAAGGCGAGGGCGAUUGUGGAGAGGGCGAGGGUUUGCGGGAUGGAUGUGCAGGCGCUUGAGGAGAGGUUUAAGGGGGAGGAGCCGCAGUAG